AUGUCGUUCCCACCCGGUUCGAAAUACUUCGAAGUCGUCUUGUGGCCUGACGAGUCAGACUCGACAACCCCAGAAACUACGUCGCCUCCAAUCCAUCCCCCCAUGCUGCAACCAGACGACAUGACAGUCCCACGCAAUUCCAACAAAGUAAUCAUUGAAGGAAAUGCCAAGCUUAGGUCGUCAGCAACUCGUAAUCGACUUCCUAAACCACUGCCCGCUGACAUACCUCACGAGCAUGGCAAGCCCCAUGACGACUCUACGUCACGCCGUCAACCCAUCCCCAAACCCACAAAGCCAAUCUCGACGAAGUCUUCAAAGGAGAAGAUGAAAGGACAGGCAUUAUUCGAAGAUGGCGUAGGACAGAAGGCACACGUCCCUUGCGCCCACUGCAUCAAGAACCCCGAUGGAUGCCGAGUUGCAACAAGCGACCACGUCAAAAGCUACAACACACUCAAAUGCGCAAAAUGCAUCUCGCAAAAGCUAAAAUGCAGCUUCAACAUCGACAAUCCGGGCAUCGAUUACCCAUCUGAUGUGCUCGCGGAGAUUCGCGGGAAAGAGAAGAAUAAAUUGGCGGGUAGGGAGAAAGCUCUGGGGACCCACUGCAAGAAGCAAGAGUCGAGUCUUGGGAAACACCCCAGAAGCGAGACGCCUCCAGCACCCCCGACACCCCCUCGUCGUACCGAAACACUAGAAGACCUCGUCGCCGCUUCGACUUGGAAGGAACCACCCGCGAAAGGGAGAAUUGGUCCCCCACCGCCUAGAAACUGGCAGGCCACGCUAGCGAAGAAGAGAAGACGAGUCUUCUGA